AUGUCGACCAACUCCAUUAAGCUCUUGACUGGCAACAGUCACCCGGAGCUUGCCAACCUAGUUGCUGACCGGCUCGGCAUUGAGUUGACCAAGAUUAUGGUCCUGCAAUAUUCCAACCAGGAAACCAGUGUCACAAUCGGAGAGAGUGUCCGGGACGAAGAUGUCUUCAUCCUCCAAUCGACAAAACCCAAUGAUAUCAACGAUGGACUUAUGGAGCUCCUGAUCAUGAUCAACGCCUGCAAGACCGCCUCGGCCCGCCGUAUCACAGCCGUCAUUCCCAACUUCCCUUAUGCCCGCCAAGAUAAGAAGGACAAGAGCCGUGCUCCCAUCACCGCCAAGCUGAUGGCCAACAUGCUCCAGACCGCCGGCUGCAACCACGUCAUCACCAUGGACCUGCACGCCAGCCAGAUCCAGGGCUUCUUCAACGUCCCCGUCGACAACCUGUACGCCGAGCCUAGCAUGCUCAAGUAUAUCCGCGAGAACCUCGAUGUCAGCAACUGUGUCAUCGUCAGCCCGGAUGCUGGCGGUGCCAAGCGUGCUACUGCCAUUGCCGAUCGCCUGGAUCUGCAAUUCGCACUUAUUCACAAGGAACGUGCCCGCCCCAAUGAGGUCUCGCGCAUGGUCCUUGUCGGUAACGUCAAGGAUAAGGUCGCUAUCAUCGUCGAUGAUAUGGCCGACACCUGCGGGACGCUCGUCAAGGCUGCCGAAACCGUCAUGCAGCACGGUGCCACCGAAGUCAACGCCAUCGUUGUCCACGGUAUUCUGUCCGGCAAGGCUAUUGAGAACCUGAACGGUAGCUGCCUCAAGCGCAUUAUCGUCAGCAACACUGUCCCAUUGGGCGACAAGCAGGAGCAGUGCGACAAGAUCCAUACGAUCGAUAUCAGCCCGACAUUGGCAGAGGCUUGCCGUCGUACACACAACGGCGAGUCAGUUAGCUUCUUGUUCUCGCACACCGUGGGGUAA